AUGGUUUUAUUCAAAAAGGUUGUUUUAAUAAAAAAUCAAAAUAAAGUUGUUCUUCAUGAUUUAAAUCUUGAUAAUGUAAAAAAGAUCAUGGAUCAAAAUGAAUUAAAUACUGUUUUAUUAGAUCGAACACGAGGUCGAUUUUUAUUUUAUGAUUGUAUCGAACAUAUUGCAAAUAAGUAUGAAUUAUAUGAUAUAAAUGUUUUGUCUAAAAGCAGUGAAUUAUUUGAUGCGGUUUUACUAUUAAAGUCUGAUGAAAAUAAAAUAAAAAAUGCAGUUGAAUAUGCUGAAAAUUAUCGAAUAGAUUGUAUUUUAUCAAUAGCAAAUGAAAAUAAACAACAAGAAAAACAUUCUUCUGAAUUUUGUGCUACAACGAUUAAUAAUAUUAAUUUAUGCGACAUCAAUGAAGAACAACAUGAAAAAAAUCAAAUAAAUUUCGAGAAAACAAUUCUUCAAUAUGAUGAUAAUGAUGACGAUUCAUGUCGACCAACAUUUAAUGAUAUUAUAAAGCUGAAUGAUGUCGAAAUAUCGUUUUCAGAUGAAUUAGAAGAUGAUGAAUAUGAUGAAAAUAUUAUGAAUGAACAAAUAGAAAAUGAUGUUAAUGAUAAAAAUCCAAUGAUUCCAGUUGAUAAUGAUCGUUCACAUUGCUAUGUUGUUAUUCCAUUUGAUGAUAAUCAUUUUCAUUCCAAUGUUAUUAGUAGUCAAGAUACAUUUGAAAUUAUUAAUACAAAGGAUCUUACAGUUUCUGAAAAAUGUAUUAUAGAAACUCUAGCGAAGCUUUCAAAUAGGAUGAUUUCUUUGGAGGAAAACAUAAACAAACGCUUAACUGACUUCGAAAAUCAUAUCAAUAAACGACUUAGUGGAUUCGAAAAUCAUAUCAAUAAACGACUUAGUGGAUUCGAAAAUCAUGUCAAUAAACGACUUAGUGGAUUCGAAAAUCAUGUCAAUAAACGGUUAAGCAGGAUAGAAAAUAAUAUGAACUUGAUUUAUGAAAGACAAUCAUUACAAUCUUUGUUAAAAUUAUUAGAUACUGUUUAUCUAAUUACAUGUGAACGAUUGGAAAAUCGAACAUUUUUUUCAGAUAAAUCUGAUUUAACAUUAAAAUUUUUUCGUUUUGUAUCGAAACAGUUAAUUAAAAAUUAUUCAGCUCAAUGGUCGCCAUAUACUAAUAUUAUUAAAAAAUUAAGUUUAAAACCAAAAUGUCUUGAGAUUAAUUUAUUAGGUUUUGGUAAAUUGCAAAAAAAUCUAUCCGAAAAUAAGAAAAUAUCUUUUAUUGAAUCACCAAAACUGUUAUGUGUUGAUAAUACAACAAAUUAUAGAUCAUCAUAUGUUCGGCAUUGCAACACAAAUCUUGGUAAACCUUUUACACAUGUAUUAGUUUUUGAAGGUACAACUUCACCUGUACAUUUUGAAAUAGAAUUGUUUAAAAACUCGAAUUUAUCAUCGUCAGAUAACAAAAUUAUAUGGAUGAAAAAUUUGUUGCGUAAAUUAUUGCAAUUAGAACGAAUCAUAUUUUUUCUUUCUUUUUAUUACAAAAUUGAUUUAUCACAAUUCUUUGCUGGCCUCAUAUGUUUUCAUUUUUAUCAUAACUCUCAUAUUGACACGAAUUUAUUAUUACAGAAUGUCAUGUCAUCAACAUUCGUUGAAGCUGUGCCUCUUUUACAUCGUUUAUAUUUAAUUGAUCAAUUUAUCUUUACCUAUUGA